AUGCAAAAAGUAAUUCGGCGUACGAUACUUGCCGAAAAGCAAGCCGUCCGCCGGCUUGCAAGGCGGCAGCGCAAAAAUGAACUGGACGAGUUCGCUAUUCGACAGGACAGGAUGAGAAUGUGGAAUGGGGAAAACCUAAAACGGGCAAAGGAAAAUAAGGUGGCGCGAAGGGAGGAUUGGGAAUUGAAGGAGUUGGCUCCCAAGAGAGAUGUGGGUUCAAAGGCCGAUAAGUAUGGCAGUAUUGAAUCCCACUUCGUGGAGGAACCAGCUGCGAGGAGGAAAGAAAUCUUGGAGAUACUAGACUUAUGGGGUGGGAAAAAACAUCUAAAUAUUACGGCGGGGGAUAGAGUGGUUGUGAUUCAAGGGCGAGAUAAGGGAAAGAUUGGAAAGGUAGAGAAAGUUGAUAAACAGAGGGCGGAAGUUUAUUGUGAGGGAUUGAACAUGGUCGAUUUCGCAAUACCUGAAUGGAUGAAAUCAGAGGAAGACCAAGACGCCCGUCCCACCCGCUCCCUCCCCCAAGGCAUCUCCUUGAAAAACGUCAAACUAGUAUUUCCCUAUACCGACCCUAUAACCGGCCUGACCCGCGACGUAAUCGCCAAAAAGCUCGCCCACCACAAAAUGUUCCGAGACCGCCACGCCCAAACAGUCAAAUGGCAGCGUAUAAUCCCUGGUGCCGGUGACCGUCCCAAUAUAAUAAUUCCAUGGCCCAAAGCUGAACCUCGAGAGAAGAAGGACUAUGAUUGCGAUACCCUGAGAAUGGAGGUAGAAGAAAAAACAUUCGUGCCCACACUCCUCACACCACCAAUGCCCGCGAGUGUGAUUGAUGAGUUGAGAAAUAAAUAUUCGGUAUUCAGGACGAGACAUGACCCCGAAUACGUAGAGAGAAAAUUAGAAGAAGACAGACAAAACGAAGCAAAAAAGACGACGAUUGCUUCAAUGAGGACGCCAUUGAAGGAACUUAAUAAGAGAGAAAGAGCACUACGAAAAGCAAAGGGCAAGGGUAAGCUUACUCGAGGCAUGUUAUUGAAAAUUGGAGAGGUGAUCUCUCGGAGGAGAGGAACGAUCAUGAGACAGGUGGGUAUUAGCACGGUUGAAAGAGCCGCAACUACAGAGGCUGGGGAAGCUGGCAUUACUUCUCCACCUACAUCUACGUCUACAGAGCCAGUACCAGUGGCCGCUUGA